ACAUAAGCAAUCAGAUAGUUCUAGUUGCCCUGUGACCUCCGAGGGUGCUUGCGCGUCGGUGGACGCGCGUCCAGCCUUUAUAAGCUCUCGACCACCACCACCAUCAUUAAACACACAAUGUUCUCCAACGAACACGAAGCUCAACUCCUCGGCCUCGGAACGCCCUGCUCAUACCCUCACUGCUCUCUCCUCGAUUUCCUUCCAUUCAAAUGUCCACACUGUCCAGGCUCUCCUGCCUUCUGCGCAGAGCACUUCCAUCCGCACUGCACUACCGCACACACUCAUCUGGACCGUGUAGCGCCAAACUGCCCUCUGUGCAGUGUUCCCGUCGCGAUCCCGCCCGGCGAGGACCCGAACGUGCGCAUGGAGAGACAUAUUAGCCGCUUCUGUGAAGUGAUGAAUGCUAGUGGUAGACAGCAGGCAAAUGGUGGGAGCAAGAUAUGUGCCAGGGGAAAGUGCGGCAAGGUCCUAUUUGCGCCCAUUGGGUGUGAUAAAUGCCACAAGGAGUUCUGUCCCCACCACCGCUUCCCAAAAGAUCAUAGUUGUCCGUCGCUCACUUUGCACCGGCCGAACACCAAUUCUACCUCAAAGCCCACCUCAAAGCCAUCUAUCAGACCGAGCCCUGUGUCAGCCACUCGCGGCUCAUCCUCGGCCACAUCUGCACCUCUGCCCUCAUCCAAGCUCACCCCUUCAUCCAAACCGAAAACAGCACCCUUCUCUUCCAAGCUUUCUAUCCCCGUCUCCGUCCCAAACCUAUUUUCCAAGACUGACCGACGCGCAAAGGAGGAGCGCGAGAGCAGGCGCAAAGCUAUGACAGACCGCGCCAAGAGGGGCCUCCUUACAGAAGAAGAGAAGCUCCUUUUUGCACAAGAAGAGGCUGGACGCGCACAGGAGCGCACAACAGGGGACAAAGAGUGUCUUGUCAUGUAGCUUUUUCCUCUGAAUUAGACUUUCGACGCUAGGGACUCUACAUACCCGUAUAUAUGCUACACCGUACACGGAUCUACCUCAUAUUCGGUUGACCUUGUAUUUCCUGAAACACCUGUUGUAUUUUCAUGACACUAGUACAACAUAAUGAGGUGAAGUGCGCCAUGAGUUUACGCUAAUGGACUCAGUGCCACAUGAAGAUUUCACGCCGAAACAAUUCUGGUACGUACUCGAGAAAUGCCUGAAGCAGACAAGUUGCAGC